ACCCACUCAAGACAAGCAAAAUGAAAGUCAAUAACAUGACCUUCAAGGAGGGGCACGAGUUCAAGGUCAGAGUGAAGCCCAAAGACGACUGCAGCUCCUUCGCCCUGAACAUCGGCCAUGACUCAGAAAACAUCGCGCUGCACUUCAACCCGCGCUUCGACGCGGGCGUGGUCGUGUGCAACUCUCUGUCAGGCGGUUGCUGGGGCGACGAGCACCAAGACUCCAACUUUGGCUUCUCGCGAGGGGAGGAGUGCAAGUUCUACAUCAACUUCAACCAGGCGGAGUUCAACAUCAAGCUGCCCGACGGCAACACGAUGAGCUUCCCCAACCGCCUGGGAGACGUCAAGUACAAAUACUUCGACGUCAGCGGCGACGCCAAGAUCGUGGGCCUCAAGAUCAAGUAGCCACUUGUAAUGGCGAGUGGCGGCCCGCAGAGGGAGCCAGACCGCAUCUCAUUCUACUGCCUUGCUAAUAAA